AUGGGAGGGACGCUAGCUGCUAUCACAACUGCGGAUGAACACUCAGCUAUUGUGUCUUGGUUAGCUGCCGAAGGAAACACGGGACAGUUGGUAUGGAUAGGUGGGAGUGACAUCGCUGGAGAAGGCGAGUGGCAAUGGGUGACUGGAGAAGCAUUUGUAUAUGAGGAAAUGAGCAAAGCCGGAAGUGCGGAUGGCGGAACUGUACAAAAUUGUCUUACGAUCAGCAUGUACAAUCAGGCAUGGAACGAUUACACGUGCGGCUCGACACUAUCAGAUACCCAGGAAUUUAGAUGUCCCAAAGGAUGGAUAAGAAUCGAAAUAUCUUGUUAUUACCUUGCAACUGGACUUAUGACGUGGGCAGAUGCAGAACUUCACUGCGAAGAACUAGGCGGGACGUUAGCUGCUAUUACGACUCAGGACGAAAGUUCAUCCAUCUUUGCUUGGCUCGCUAACGAAGGGGUUGCCACGGGGUCUGUAUGGAUAGGAGGGAAUGACAUUGCUGUAGAAGGCACAUGGGAAUGGUCGACUGGGGAAGAGUUGCGUUUGAGGAAAUGA